AUGUCUUCCUCUUCUUCAACUGCUGGCGGCCUCGCCAACCUUGUCCCUGGCUCCGUCCCUGGCGCUGGCUUCUCUGGUGAUACCUUCACCAACAACACCGUCACCGUCUCCGUCAACCCCGACACGAAUGCCACCACCACCUCCACGCUCACCUUCACUUACCACGAUUAUUCGUGGGACAUGAAGGUGGCUGCCAUCUCCAUCGCCGUCGGUGGCUUCGUCGCUGUCGCUGGGCUUGUGACCACAUGUGUGGUCACCCACCGCCGCCGCCAUGCCCAGAAACUCCAAGCAAUGAAGGACCCGGAGCAUGCCCGUGAGGCCGCGAGGGACGAGGCCCAAACUCGUUCUGCCCCCGCCAAACGUCCAACGGGAUACCUUGCCGUCGCCGUGUUUGGGGUUUGGGACUACGUCUGGACCGGGCGCCGCAAGUCCGCCGCUGCCGCCACCUCCUCCUCCUCCUCCUCCUCCGAGUCCUCUGCUGCCGCCGGGUGCGGCUGCUGCUGCUGA